AUGUUUCUGCUUCACGAAUAUGAUAUUUUUUGGACAUUUCUAAUAAUAGCAAGCCUUAUUCCUAUUUUGGCAUUUUCGAUUUCAGGACUUUUAGCCCCGGUUAGUGAAGGACCAGAGAAGCUUUCUAGUUAUGAAUCGGGUAUAGAACCCAUGGGAGGGGCUUGGGUACAAUUCCGAAUACGCUAUUAUAUGUUUGCGCUCGUUUUUGUUGUUUUUGAUGUGGAAACCGUCUUUCUAUACCCUUGGGCAAUGAGUUUCGACGUAUUGGGUGUAUCCGUUUUUAUCGAAGCUUUGAUUUUCGUGCUUAUCUUAGUUGUUGGUUUAGUUUAUGCAUGGCGAAAAGGAGCCUUGGAAUGGUCUUAA